AUGGGAGAAGGUGGCAAAGAGAUCAAAGGAUUGAGUUUCGUUGAGAAUUUUCUACUUAGCGGUGCGGCUGCUGUUAUCGCUAAGACUGCUGCUGCUCCCAUCGAGCGCGUUAAGUUACUAGUUCAGAAUCAGGAUGAAAUGAUUAAACAGGGACGUCUGGAUAAACCAUAUUCCGGUGUCAUCGAUUGUACUGUACGAACUUUUAGAUCUGAGGGUGUGUUACCGUUUUGGAGAGGAAAUUUUCCUAAUUGCUUGAGAUACUUCCCUACGCAAGCGUUAAAUUUUGCCUUUAAGGACAAAGUUAAGUCAGCAUUUCAGCAAAAUAAGGAUGAUCCAUACUUGGUCUCAUUUUACAAAAAUGUUGUCAGUGGUGGAGCAGCUGGAGCAAUGUCGCUAGUAUUCGUCUAUUCCCUCGAUUACGCUCGAACUCGUCUAGCUAAUGACAAUAAGUCAGCAAAGAAAGGUGGAACUCGUGAGUUCAAUGGUCUCGUUGAUGUCUAUGUUAAAACUUUUAAGUCCGAUGGUAUCGUUGGCCUCUACAGAGGCUUUGUCAUAUCUUGCUUCGGUAUUGUCGUAUAUAGAGGAUUCUACUUUGGACUGUACGAUACGCUGAAACCGAUCUUCCUUGGAGCAGACGCAGGUGUUACAGUCAGCUUCCUUCUAGGUUAUGGAGUUACUGUAACCGCUGGUUUAAUAUCCUACCCAAUUGAUACCAUUCGUCGACGCAUGAUGAUGACAUCAGGGCAGGCUGUUAAAUACAAAAGCUCAAUUCAGUGCGCCGCUCAAAUAUUGAAGAAUGAAGGCGCAAUGUCUUUCAUGAAGGGCGCGGGUGCCAACAUACUUCGAGGUGUUGCCGGAGCUGGUGUUUUGGCUGGAUUUGAUAAGUUUAAAGAAUUAUACGCCGACUUCAGAUUGCCAAAGAAACCAACUCCCUAA